AUGUGGACAGGGAAUGAUGGCGUCUGGUGCAAGAUUGGCAGCUCUGAUCUUCCUGGCUUGCCUACGCUCUACAGUCACAGCGAUCCGACUGGCGACCUGUCGAGGGUGUACCCCGCUUCACCAGCAACCCAAGCAGAAGUAAUCGUGAUGUGGGGUUUUGCUCUUCUCUUAUACUCUGAGGUGUGGAGCUAUGAGGCUCCUGAAGAUAAACAGGAUGUAUUUGCCACAAGAGCCUGCCCUGCCUUCCUGACCUUCACAAAUGCUGCCUACAUUGCUGGAGUGACUGUGGAGCUGCCCUGCCACUGCAAACCACAGGAGGUCCAGUCAGUUGUUUGGUUCUUCAGGAAGCAUCGGGGCAGCUCUGAUGAGACCAGAGCCCUGACAGAUCACCAUGGUAACACGCUGCUGGACACAAGUAACAUCCCUCACAGCAGUGACCUGCGAAGUCGAUUCUCCAUUCGGCUCUUUAGUUUGCUGAUAUUCAGAACAGGACCAAGUGACUCCGGCCUCUAUAUUUGUGGCUCUGCCCAUAAAGACUUCUUCUAUGCUUAUGACCUGGAUGUGCAGGAAGCUCCAACAUUUAGUUUCACACCAAGGGUCACUCAAGAAAGCAGAAAGAGGAAAAGGUACAGCGACAGCUUCAUCAUCCAUUCACACCCUUUAUAUCAGAUCUUCAUUAGCUUCCAGUCCUGGUCAGUGUGUGAUCGAUGUGGGGUUCCAGGCGAGCAGGUCCGUGUUGGACUCUGCUAUGUUCACUCCCAGUUCCUACAUGUGCGAUACAGAUGGACCAAUCAUACAGUUGCAUCCUGUGGCUCUGAAGCAGUCCCCGCCUCUUUCAGCCUUCUAAAGCAGGGGCCUAAGGUGGAAGUCAAAGGCUGUAUGGUUCCAUGUCCAACAGAAGCUCCUCCUCCUUCAAAGCUGAUUGCUUUAAUGACAUUUCUUGGGUACAGUUCUGCAUCUUUGCCAGUGCCGGUGCCUGUGUUUUAUCUUAACCACCCAGCAGACAGCGUUCUCGCCCUGGGCUGUCCUGGAGCACGUCCCAACAUGGCCGUGGCUUGGGAUCAGGAAUCUAAACAAAUCUACAGGUCCGAGCAAACAGCGGGGGGAAACUUCAGCUACUUUUCCCCAAGGAUCAGGAUAGACACUGGACAUCAUUUAGUGUUUCAUCCAGCAAAAAUCAAGGACUCAGGUGUGUACUACUGCUGGCUUCAGGGUCGACGGGCUGCUGAGAUUCGUCUGCUGGUAUAUCUGUCUCUCGGAGAUGAACAACAAGUUUGGUCCCAUCCGGACUUUGCAGCAGCCAUCCAAACUGUGUUUAAAUCUUAUGCUGUGAUGACAGCUCUGUUUUGUCUGCUGCUGAUAUGCAGAGCUGGGAUCGACCAUGCCAGAGACACAGUGGAAACGCACCUGGAUUAA